UUUUCAGUCGGCAAUUCGCUUUUCGUCCUACCGUUUACAACUUCUCUUCUGAAGUGAAUUAGCGUGAAGCAUGGCGGAAGAGAAUAAUGUUAAGGAUGCCGACGAGUUGGAGAAAGAACACUUCGUUAGGAUCGUGAACGCAUUUAAAUACUAUAGGUUGUAUUCCCUGAACCGCAUACGCAACACAGAACGGUACUAUGAUGAAUUACCAGAUCAUCAUCGGUCAAUUAUACCAAACUUCCGCGACCAUCUUGGCAAAGUUCGCAACUGCAUUGAAACCAAUUUCCAUCUCAUCAAACUCAUCAUUCAAAACACAGAACAUAUGUUCGAAAACAAGAACCACGGACCUGUUGAAAAUGGCGAGGAGGGUCUGCGGAAACACCCGCCUACAUCGUACGACAUGGAUAGAGUGAAGACAACCUUGAAGCAGUUUGUCAGAGAUUGGAGCGAGUCUGGCCGAAGUGAAAGAUCAGCCUGCUACGAUCCUGUUAUCAAAGAAAUCAGACGCAGAUUUCCACCCCAAAUUGACCCGUCUACUGUUUUUGUGCUGGUUCCUGGUGCUGGUCUUGGAAGAUUGGCAUAUGAACUGGCAAAGCUCGGAUACAGUUGUCAAGGCAACGAAUGGAGCUUAUUCAUGUUAUUUGCAUCUAACUUUGUACUGAACAAAUGUCGGGAAGCCAAUGCGCAUAAGCUUUAUCCAUGGAUCCACCAGUGGAUUAACAACAAAACUUCAGCUGACCAGAUUGAACCGGUCAGCUUUCCUGAUGUGAAUCCUGCUGAUCUCCCAGCCAAUUCCAAUUUUUCCAUGGCUGCUGGUGACUUUUUAGAAGUAUAUACGGAACCAAAUUCCUGGGACUGUGUUGCUACAGUAUUUUUCAUUGAUACUGCUCACAAUAUCAUAUCAUAUGUGGAGACAAUAUGGAGAAUCUUAAAACCUGGAGGUUUCUGGGUAAAUUUAGGGCCAUUGCUGUACCAUUUUUCAGACAUGCCAAAUGAAAGUUCCAUAGAACUGAGUUAUGAUGAUGUCAGACAGGUCAUUCUCCAGUAUGGAUUCCAGUUUGAGAAAGAAGAGACCGGUGUGAAAACGACAUACACCCAAAAUCCGAGAUCUAUGCUGCAGUAUCAAUAUGAAAGUGUGUUCUUUGUUGCUCGAAAACCAGCCUAAAAAAAAGCAAAACUACAAACAAACAAACACAAAACACUCAAUCUACAACUAAAGCCCCUCUUUCUAUCCAGUGAGGAUAAAAGCAAAAAGAAAAAAGAUAGCUACUUUUGAAGCAGGGUUCAAAUCUUACUUUGAGCUACACAGAUAAUUUUUUUAUAUACUUCAAAAAUUUUUACUGUGUUUUUAUUUUAUGUUUAAUUUUUAUUUUAUUUUAUUUAUUUAUUUAUUAUUAUUAUUAUUAUUUUUUUUUUCGGUGUGUUUGUGUAUGUGGGUGUGUGUGUGUAUCCUCAAACUUUAGCCAGCGGCAUAACAAGAAACUUAUGUUUUAAAGAAUUUUACAAGGAAUUAAAAGAAAAAAAACAAACAAACAAACAAACACAAAACACUCAAUCUACAACUAAAGCCCCUCUUUCUAUCCAGUGAGGAUAAAAGCAAAAAGAAAAAAGAUAGCUACUUUUGAAGCAGGGUUCAAAUCUUACUUUGAGCUACACAGAUAAUUUUUUUAUAUACUUCAAAAAUUUUUACUGUGUUUUUAUUUUAUGUUUAAUUUUUAUUUUAUUUUAUUUAUUUAUUUAUUAUUAUUAUUUUUUUUUCGGUGUGUUUGUGUAUGUGGGUGUGUGUGUGUAUCCUCAAACUUUAGCCAGCGGCAUAACAAGAAACUUAUGUUUUAAAGAAUUUUACAAGGAAUUAAAAGAAAAAAAACAAACAAACAAACAAACAAACAAAUGAAGAAAAUACUAAAAACAAAAAAUUGAAAUGAAAUGAAAUGCAUUACCCACAACAAAAUGCAAAGCAACCAGCCCCCCCCUUUGAAAACGAAACAAAAAAAAAAGAAAAAAAUGAAAUCAAAAAUUUUAAAAAAUAAAUAUAA